AUGGAGAUCAAACCGUUCCAACAUUCCGUUUACGACCAUUUAGAUGGCAAAGACUUUGUUCUUGCGCUGACGUCUCCGCGCAGGUCGCUUAUCUUGAAGGAGCUAGGCUUUAGCUUCCGCGUGGUGGGCUCCAAUUUCCCGGAAGACCUAGACAAGGCCAGCAUGGCACCCAGAGAUUACGUUUUACAGACGGCUAUUGGUAAGGGUAAGGCCGUGUGGGAUGAGCUAUCCCUGAAGGGUGAGACACCUUACUUGAUUCUUUCCGCCGACACCGUUGUGGAAUGCGACGGCAAGAUCUUUGAAAAGCCUAGAUCCAAGGAACACCAGACGGAGGUUUUGAAGUUCUUCCGAGACUCACAGAUCCCGCAGCAGGUGAUGACUGCCGUUGUGUUGAUCAGAAGGGACGACGCCCAGGCGUGUGGGUACCGCAUGGAAACGAUGGUAGAGGUCAGCAUCGAGAUUAUGGACUCACCAGAGAACAUUUCCGACGACUUUAUUGCGAGAUACGUCGAUACGAACGAGGGUGCGAGUGUUGCUGGUGGGUACCAGUUGUUGGGGAUGGGCGCCUUGAUGGUGAAGGAGAUUCGAGGCGACUAUAGGAAUGUGUUGGGCUUGCCCUUUCGCACGACUUUCAAGUUGAUAGAGAAGAUUUUGAUCAGCACUUAG